AAAAUAUUCCAGCUGAUAUCAAGGAUGCAGUGGAGUGUGAUUCUGCUCUUUCUGAUGGGUCAGAUUUGUUUAAUCGACUGUCAGCUCUAUGAGUAUCACUACAUUAAUGAGGAAAAGACCUGGACUGACGCUCAGCAGUACUGCAGAGAGAAACACACUGACCUGGCCACAGUGUCUAACAUGGCAGACAUGAAAAGACUCAACAGAACCAGAGCAGGAAAUAAGGGGGAGGCUUGGAUUGGUCUGUAUGAUCAGACAGAUGGUAUCAGAACAUGGUACUGGUCUCUGCCUGGAUUGGAGUUCAAUGAAAGUGAGACAAAAUGGCACCCAGGAGAACCAAAUGAUGUCAAUAAUGGAAAUGAGAACUGUGGGCAUUUGAAUAAGAAUCUUACCUGGACAGAUACCAAGUGCGAUCAUAAAAGACCUUUCCUCUGCUAUGAUGAAACUAAUAGAACCCAGAAAUACCACUUGAUUAGAGAGAAGAAGACCUGGCAGGAAGCUCAGAGUUACUGCAGAGAGAAACACACAGACCUGAUCAGUGGAAUGAAGCAGCUACAGGAUGGAGAAGUGGAGAGAGUGAUGAACUCUGUAAAAGAUGAGACAUACAUAUAUUUUGGUCUGUUCAGAGACACCUGGAGGUGGUCAGAUGGAAGCAGUUUCUCUUUCAGACACUGGAAUGACCAGUUAAACAAUCCAAAAUUCAACACUGGUCAAUGUGCCAUGGCUGUGUUUAAAGAUGAAGGCAGAUGGAGCAGUGAGGAAUGUAAAACAAGAAAAAACCCCUUCAUCUGUUAUGAGGAUAAAGUGAUCCUGAUCAAUGAAAAGAUGAACUGGGAGGAUGCCUUAUACUACUGCAGAGAUCACUACCAUGACCUGGUCACCAUCACCAGCCUGGAUGAGCAGAGAUGGAUCCAGGAGAAAGCCAAGAACGCCUCGACUGAUUAUGUCUGGAUGGGACUGCGCUACACCUGUACUCUGGAUUUCUGGUUCUGGGUCAGUGAUGAGGUGGUCAGGUAUAAGAACUGGGCCUCAGGGGAACCAGUGGAUGACUGUGACAUGUCUGGAGCCAUGGAGACAGGAGGAGAACAUAAGUGGAGGAAAAUGAAUGAUCUAGAGGAGUUUAACUUCAUCUGUUCUAAGGAAUAACACAGAUUGUUUUAUGGAUAUUUUCUGUUGCUUUAUUCUGUGAUAAUGAGGAUUUUGUGGAAAAUAUGUUUAAAUAAAUAAAAUAAGUAUAUUAUUAACAUAAAGAUAAUAUUUCCACCAAACUACAACACUUGCUUUAAACCUGUUAUAUAUGAUUAUCUAUUUCUGGUUUCUUUCUAUGAAACAUCUGCUUCUCUAACAGAACAUGUUUUACUUUUCCUUUAUUUUGAUCAAUUUAUUAUUAUAUUUAUUGGAUGACUGUA